GUAGUCCACAUGUCACCAAACGGGAGGGAGUUAUCUUUGUGAGAGUGUGGCGUGCGAGAAGUUCAGUGCCGGCGCGAAGUUUACGAGUUUUGUGAGACCGUUCCGCUAAAUAAAAAUGAACUAUUACCAACACAAUUACCAAAACUAUACCGAUAAAUCAGUGACUCAAACGUUCUUCCAACAAAAACAAAUGAAAGAUUACAGUUACAAGAACUACAUCCAGGACUUAAAAAAUCGCGAAUUUGAAUUCCUAAGGAAUCAAAAGUGCCCGAAUAGAACGAAAGAACCGGUAUUGCCUGAAAAUCGGCAGGAGUUCGAUUCAAGGAGAGACGGUAAUGUAAAUUCCGUACAGAAAAAUCAAUUUCAACACAUUACAAGCGACAGUUUUCGAAAACGCGUAGAAGAUACUAAGUCACAAGGUUUUAUGGAAAAGAAAUCACUGGGCAAUGGCCUGUCCGAUGGCGAAGAUACUAAACAUCUAGGUUUAAGGAUCGACACCGGCUACGUGAGCGCCGAAAGUUCCAUUGACAGCGAAGACGAGAAGGAAGCCACACACAUCUUGGAACCACCUCACACGGGAUGUUCUAUAAAUGGACCGAGAAAGUGCCUGACGUGGGCCUGCAAGGCAUGCAAGAAAAAAACCGUAGCGAUCGACAGAAGGAAGGCCGCCACUUUGAGGGAACGAAGGAGGCUGCGAAAGGUAAACGAGGCUUUCGAAAUGUUGAAGAAGAGAACGUGCAAUAAUCCUGGCCAAAGGUUGCCGAAAGUGGAGAUAUUAAGAAGUGCCAUAGAAUACAUAGAAUAUUUAGAAGAAAUUUUACAAGGUUCCAAAAGUUCCGUGGAGGCCAAUGGGACGAUGUCGACUAAAAACGAAUACGUAAAUGACGCGAGCAAUCAGUUUGUCUGCGAACGGCUUCAGCAAUUCAGCGAACCCCUUCAUCGUUUUGCAUCAUCACACACUGGUUACGAGAUAGCUUCAACCACUUCCAGCUUGGAUUGCCUCAACCUGAUUGUACAAAGUAUCACGAAUAAAAAACAGGAAAAUGUGGAGCAUGUAACAUAAUCGUAUUAUAUGGUUUUUAAUUUAUUUUAUGUACCUUAUAGAAUGAGUCAGAACGUGCCUUAACGUAGUAAAGUUUUGAAAAUUUAAAGGACCCGUCAUUUUUAUCCAAAAACUAAAAAAUUGAAAAGACUCGCUUAUUGUUAUUUCAGUGAAAUAUAAUAAUAGAAAUAGGUUUCGUGAUUCUCCAUUUAUAAUAAUUUGCCUUUCAAUUAAUUUGAAAUAAAUCAAUUAAUGAUAAUGUCAUACAUUUGAGUCUAGAACGGACAAGAGAGAUUACUGUUGUUUUCAUCGUUCUCAUGUACAGGUUCAGGUGGACUUAUAAUAGUCCCAUUGAUACCUAGGGGGCAUCGCGGUCAACGCUAUCAGACCCAACCAGAUUAUGGCACCAGGGGUAUUCAUUUAUUUGUACUGUACAAAUUGUUAUACCUGACUGCACCGGUCAUAAUUUCCUUAUAUACUGAACAAAUCAUGUUUUAAAGAAUUCAAACUUAACCAAACUUAUGUUAUAAUAUCAUAAUAUGUAUGCCUCGUACUCUGGACUAGAAUUCAAAAGAUUAGUAACAGCCAAGAUGAUUAAAGUUAUUUAAUCUGUAUCUCCCACAAUGUUAAUUGAGAAAUAAAAAUUAU